AUGGAUGGGAAUUUCCCGCAAGGAGGUGUGGUUCGUGGUGGAGCAUCUUCGUACGGAGGAGGAUUCGAUUUGAGAGUUCAUCAACAAGAAUCCAUGAAUCGACUCAACAAUCCCAAUUCUCGACCAAUUCUUCACGAAGGCCUUCCUUUUACCAUGGUCACAGGCCAAACCUGUGACCACCAAAACCAAGGCGAAAGAGAGAGUGAAGACGAUGAGGAGCCAAGCGAGGAAUGUGGCGGUGGUGGUGAUGGUCACAACAAGUCGGGUAAAGGAUCAUCGUCAUCACCAUGGCAACGAGUGAAGUGGAGUGACAAAAUGGUGAAGCUGCUGAUAACCGCCGUGUCUUACAUAGGCGACGAUUCGAGUGUGGAUGGUGGCGGCGGCAGCCGGAGAAAGUUUGCGGUUUUGCAGAAGAAGGGCAAGUGGAAAUCGGUUUCCAAAGCAAUGGCGGAGAGGGGUCACCACGUAUCGCCGCAGCAGUGCGAGGACAAGUUCAACGACUUGAACAAACGGUAUAAGAAGCUUAACGACAUGCUUGGGAGAGGAACUUGUUGUCAGGUUGUGGAGAACCCUGCGCUUCUGGAUUCGAUUGGUUACUUGAACGACAAAGAGAAGGACGAUGUGAGGAAAAUCAUGAGCUCCAAGCAUCUCUUCUACGAGGAGAUGUGUUCGUACCACAACGGGAACAGGCUGCAUUUGCCUCAUGACCUUGCGCUGCAGCGGUCUCUGCAGUUGGCGCUGAGGAACAGGGAGGAUCAUGACAACGAGGAGUUGAGGAGACAGGAUCUUGAUGAGGAGGAUGAUCAUGAUGGGGAAGGUGAUGAGUAUGAGGAGCAUUGUGGAGGAGUUCGUGGUGGUCCGUUGAAGAGGACAAGACAGAGCCAUGAAGAUGGUGACCAUCCGAGUCUUGUGAACUCUCUGGAGAGCAAUAGAGUGUCUUUAGCUCAGAUGCCUGAUGUGAACCAGGGUGGGGCAGAGAGUGGGAGAGCGGCUUCGAUGCAGAAGGAGUGGUAUGAGUCUCGGAGUCUUCAGUUGGAAGAGCAGAAGCUGCAGAUCAAAGUUGAGUUGCUGGAGUUGGAGAAGCAGAGGUUCAGGUGGCAGAGGUUUAGCAAGAAAAGGGAUCAAGAACUGGAGAGGAUGAGGAUGGAGAAUGAAAGGAUGAAACUUGAGAAUGAUCGGAUGGGGUUGGAGUUGAAACAAAGGGAAUUGGGUGUUGAACUAUAA